CUGCAGAGGCGGCAGACGUGAAUUAUUUUCCGUGAAGAAGAUCGAAGAUGAACUCUCUCUAUCUGUUGCUAGUACUUGGGUGGUUGGCAGCAUUAGCACCCAUUGUGACAGGGUCUUUCUGUUCAAAAAAUGUCACCUGCUUAAAAGUUCAGCGGUAUACGACUAAAUGCGCUUGGUGGAAAUGUAUUCGUUACAGACUUGUUACCUCAUACUGUACCAAGCAGGUUUGUUGUGCCGGAUGGGAGGGACCAGGUUGUAACCAAGAUGUAGAUGAAUGCAGCAUCAAUAACGGAGGCUGUGCACAGGGGUGUAACAACCUACCUGGUUCCUUCAGGUGUGAAUGUGACUCGGGAUACCAGUUGGGACAAGACGGUAUUACGUGUGAAGAUAUAAAUGAGUGUAACUUGUUCAAUGGAGGGUGCCAAGACAUUUGUGAGAACACCAUUGGAUCAUUUGUGUGCAGUUGCAGCAGUGGGGAACUCAGCAGCGACGGUCUGAGCUGUGAAUCAAGCAACGAAACAAGCGUUUUCCAGCGAAACAAUAUCCCUCGUAAACUUUUGCCACGAGGGUGUGCUGUGGUCACAUUGACUCGAUGUACAGAGGGCGCUGAUGUGGAAGUCCGUCUUUCGUCCACAGCUGAAUGGUACAAGUUGAACUCUGACCCCAACGUCAUCUUCACACUUGGUAUCGUCUUUAUUGAAGUCAAUGACAUUGCCCUUCCUAUGUCAGUCACAGGUAUGGCAGUACACAACCCGAACGGAAGAUUCAUGAUGAAAAUUGGAUCUUUGAGUUAUGAUGAAUCGCACGGAACCAUGCUGGCAACUGACCGAAACAAAGAUUGUCUUUCAUUUAAUUUAACGCCUAGAGAUGUGUAUGACUUUAUAAAAUCCGGGUCUUUUUUGUCCACUUAUUUAGAGAAUAUUUACAAGGCACUACCGAACUGGUUAAAAUUUUCGUCAACGGGUUUCGAUAUUCUCUCAAUCAAUGAACUGAAGACAGAUCUUUUGCACGGGCGAGAUGUUCAGAAAGUACGGGCAUGUAGUGGUGCGCCUUUGUUCGACAACAAACUGUACUCCAUCUUUCAGUUUGAAAGUGGCUUCAACCUUAGCGUAUAUGGCAACGAAAUAUCUCUCCCCAAACCACUAAAUGGAAAUAAGUUUUGUCUAAUAGUUGACAUAUGCAGAGCCUAUGGCGGCACAAUCUUCCUGAUGUUUCCUCCGGGAUCUAGAGAGCUCCUCAGUCUGCUGAAGGUGAUAAGUAAUAUGGAGGAGAAGGGUGGAUUUAAGUUGGUCCUGAAUGGUAUUGGCCUGUCAGUAGUUAAGGAGAUAAACGUGCACUAUACAGCGUCAGAGUUGACAUUCUGGAAUGGGGAUGAAUUCUUCCAGUACCCAGUUUUCCCAAAAGCUCACAUGUGGCUUGGGGGAAGCGUCACCAAGAACGUCAGCAUCUUCGACAUCUCAGCUGAAACCGAUAUCUACGUAGGGCUUCCUCGAAACCCACUGUCAUUGCUUACCCACGUAUUCCUGGAGGAGUGGAAUGCUCUUGUGAAACUGAACGUCGUUGCAUCGUGCACCCUCAAGUUUAAAUUGUUUGGAAAGCAGCGAAGCAUAAGAGUUAGAGAGCUGGGUGUCUCCAGUUUGGAAACCCACAUGUCGGUUGGUGGCCUAGAACCCAGACAGUGGUGCGGAGUAAACGCCAACCCUCCAGGAAUAUUCUUGUCACUUCGGCUCAGUAUCAACCCCUUCAGGUACAUCCCCAUACUAGGAAAUUGGCUGUUUGACAACCGACACACGGUCUAUGCUUUCGUUACCUAUGACCAGUCAGAGAAAAUCAAGAACCUGCCGACCGUUGAUCUUAUCAAUGACAUCUUAGAUAUCAAACAAGUCGUGGAUCGAUUCAUGAAGGUAUUCAGUGAAAAUCUACAGAGGUUCAAGGAUCUUCUCUCCAAUACCGUGGCAACACUGCUGAACUUAGUCAACACCGCCCUCGCUGAUCUUAAGGCCGCCAUUCAGCAAAUUGUAGGCGAUUUACUUAACCUCACAUUUCCCGAUUUCUCUGUCGUAUUAGACACCAUCCAUAAUGCUUGGGACGCCCUAAAAACGGCAGCACAGAACUUCUUUGACGCCGUUGAAUUCAAUGUUGAAAUCGCCAAACACAACUUUACGGAGAUGAUCAAGCUCGAGGUGAAUCGCAUUAAGCAAAAUGUAGACGCAGCGAUCCAAAAAGCCAUUGGUGAAGUGACGUCUGUCACUGAUGAUUACUCUGGGUUCGGCGUUCGCUACAAGACGACCAUUAAGGUAUUUGGACUGGAGAUAUUUGGACUUCAUCUUGAGUUCGUUUACUCGGUUGGAAAGUUGGGACAGUGUAGCAGGUUCCAGAAGGUGUACCAAUUGCUAGCUGGAGAGAAAGCAGCCCGUGCUUUGGCUAUCGUUUCCACGGAACAGGGACUAGGUCAUUUCUUGAAAUUAAAAAGGGGGGCGGGGAUCGGAGCUGCAUUCGGCAUAGACAGCAAUACUUUCAUUCUGCAGCUUCACGCUGAGGUCGGUUUGUUGGGGAUCAGAGCAGAAGCUGACGUAUUUAUAUCCAAGAACAGUUUGACAACUUACGUUGAGGGGAAGGUAUGGAGCCUCUUCCGCGCCCGGUUGACAAUAUCAGCAGCGCUUGGCAAAAAGUGGUAUCAGCUGACAUACAUCGUGGAGGGAGCACUGCUGCCCGGCGGAAGUGACUCCUUUGACGGCAGCUUCCUGGAUGCACUUAAGAAAUCUGCAAACAAGAUUGCCAACGAAGCCAAUAAGAGGAUAACCCAAGCACAGCAGGGUCUAACUACGGCCAAAAGUAAGCUAAGUAAGGCACAGAACUGGCUUGAGAAAAAGAAAGCUGGUGUCCGCAGGGCAAAUGAUGCAUUCGACAAGACUAUUGCAGCACUAGAACGUGCCAAGAAGAAGCUGGAUGCCGCAAAGGGGCCUUUCGAGAAAGCUUUGCAAAAGCUGAAAGCUGCAGAAAAGGAUGUGGAUAAAUUAUGCAAGAUCAAAAACUGCAAGAAAGUCUGCAUUCCAGGAGUAAAAUGUAAAUGGUGCUAUAAGAAAAUCUGGCGAAUCAGAAUCCCUUACCCUUGCUGUAAGUGGACAAAGUGCAUGAUCAAAAUACCGGAUCCCAUUUGUGUGGCUGCUAAUGUGGUCUGUAAGGGCAUCCGGUUGGCAGCAUACGCCGCCCUAAAAGUGGCCAAGUUAGCUGUUAAAGCCCCUAUGGCCGCUAUGGAUGUUGCUAAGGCCGCUGUGGCAGCAGCGCAGAUCGUGGUGGAUAAAGCAAGGGUGGUGCUGGACAUCGCUGAAGGUGCUUUGGAACUGGCUAAGCUUGCCCUGGAAGGGGUUAAAGCAACCAUUGAAGCUGCCAAGGCUGCUCUUGAAGUAGUGAAGUUUGCAGUGAGAGCGGCCUCCAAAGUGUUUGAGCUGAUUGUCACUUACGGGCUGCAGUCCAUAUUAGAUGUUAGGCAGUGUGGGUUCCGAGUGGAGCUUUCUACAGUCGACUUACCUAUAUUUGAUGUGUCGUGUGAAGUGAAUGCAUUCCGCCUUGGUUGGAGGACCGUAAGGAUAAGGAUCAACUUUAAAAAUAUAUUGCAGAGCCUACUGGAAGCAGCUAAAGCUACAAUUAAAGCACUUUUGAAUGCACUUAAAGGUGCCUUCGCUGGACGAAAACGCCGCGAGAUAGAGUUUGACGUGAACGUCAAGAUGCACACCUUAUACAGGGUGAUUCGUCAAACUGGGAGCAUCGAAGCAGGCGAACAACUAUUAAAUGAAACCCUUGACGUAAAAGAUGAUAUUACUGGCUUCAAGAACAGCACCGAUGAGGAUCUCAACAACCUUAGUGACGAGAAAAACAGAGUCGAUAUGUUUGCAGAAAAUUGUGACACUUUUAACGAAGCGGAGGGAUUUCUGCGUCGCGUCUUUGGCUCCCUUUUAAGUGUUGCAACUGACUCCAAAGCAUCGUUAGACAACGUGACGGCCAUGUUGGAGACCUUCCCAGAUGUUGACACCCCUCAACUAUCGAAUGGAUCAUUAGCGUCUUUCGGGGUUAAUGUUACGGUCGGUGAAUCUGAUUACAAUCUCACGGCUGAGGAGAUGGAGGCGACGUUUGCGGAGACCCUGGCGAACAUCACGGAUGAUCCGGAACUUAAAGAGGCUCUGGGGGCGUCUACGUUUGCCAAGAGCAUAAUUCUGGAGGAGACAGAACAAGCAGCGAAGAUGGCGUUUGUGGAAGCGUGGAUCAGUGUCGCAGAAAAUAUUACAUCAUCGACAUAUCCGCCUGAUGUUUGUGCCAACUUCAGAGACUGUGUGGUGUACGACCUUGGACGUCUGUAUGACCUAUACGAUACCAAUCUACAGUUACCGGGUGUCGAAAGCAUCAAGGGUUAUCUUCCCGCUCUGGAGAACUCAAUCCUGGCACUUUUGAACAGCGAGGAAGACAUAGAUGUCAAUGAGGCUUAUCAAUAUAGCCGAGAAAGCAUGGAUCACCUUGAUAAUAUCAAACUUAAUGACGUAUUCUGUAAAACCGCACCGCAAAUCAUUGCAGGACCCAGCAACACCACUGUUUCGACUGGAGAGUCCGUGCAGUUCACAUGCGAAGCGACUGGUGAUCCCACACCGGACUACUCCUGGUUUAAGGAUGGAGAGGCGCUGGGAAUAACCUCGAAGACCUUGCGCUUGGAAUCGGUGUCAGAUUCAGAUGCGGGAUCAUACUCGUGCCGAGCUGAAAACUACAUCGCAGGCGUUGACUCAGAAUCUGGAUAUUUGACAGUUAUCAAUGUUGUAAUUGCAUGCCCGACUGCUUUCGCCAAGGUGGCUCACCCCUUCGACUGCGGGAAGUUUGUGGUGUGUGUGUGGUCAAGGCCCGUGGUCAUGACCUGUCCCCGUAGCCAAGACGGGCAGCUGGUGUGGGAUCAGAGCCUAUUGACCUGCAACUACGUCCGUAACGUACCGCGGUGUCAACAUGACCAGCUCGGCGAGUAAAUCACGCCUGGAUCACGUGAACACCAUGUUGUUAUCACGUGAUAAUAUUGUGAAAAUGACAAACCAUGCUGAAUUUUUUAAAGUGUGUUCUUAUUGAGAUGCUGUUGUUAUGAACUUUUUUCAAGCACUCCAACACGAUAUAAUAUGCCCCUUUUUCACAGUUAUUUUAUUGCUGUUCUGGUCCGCAUUAACGCUUAGUAGACUGCCCUAUAUGAAAUAUUAUUAUUAUUAUUAUUAUUA